AUGAAGUUCCAACUCGUUGCAACCCUUCUCGUCCUCGCCUCUCCCGCUCUCAGCUGGGGAGUGAAACGCGAUGUCGCUCAAGAAUCCGUUGCUGGGCUCACCAACGCUGAACGUUUGGCGCGUGGUUUGCCUUUGAACCCACCUGUUAUCCGUGGUUCAAAGAUCGCCCGUCAGGCCGCUUCUCCCGUCCCUGUUCCUGUCGCAGCCGCUGCUGCCAUUCCUACCUCCACCUCCGUCAACGCGUACAUCGAAGUCAGGGCGGUCGAACCCGAGCAAUCGCGGAUUAGGAGAAAUUUCGCCGGAAUCAAGUCCAAAUCCAUUGGCUGGGUUAGCAGCACCCGCGACGAGGAUGGUGUCUACGUCUCAACCACCAAGCGCUCCGAACGUCUCGUCGUAAAAGUCGACACUCAGGAAUUGCAAAAGGGCAGAGGUUAUCUCAAGUCGACCAAUACCAGUGACCCCUAUCCCUAUAUUGGCGGUAUCGUCCCCGAUACGCGCGAGGUUUGGGACAAGGGGUCAAACAGCACUGCUCUCUUGGUUGGUACCGAGAAGACCCCUCGAGGCGUUGGCUCGAUCUCUGUCGGUUACAGCUACAAUACCACCGAGACUUUGAAGGAGGAAUUCGAUGCUCAAAGUGCACUCUGGAAGCUCAACCCUACGACCAAAGAGCUCUCCGCUGUAUGGCUCAACGACGAUGGCACGAAGCACGACGCUUUGAUCUCCGGUGUCGAGGUCAAGACCGUCAAGUCGAAGGACUCUGAGGGUGACAACGAGGUCUUCCAAUUGUUCCUCCUUUCCAACCUCACCGAGAAAUCUGUUCUUCCUGAGCUGAAAUUUUAUUUCGUCCCAGUCUGA